AUGGAUUUGAGGAAAAGUUACUAUCAAGUGCGGAUUGCCGACAGAGACGAGCCCAAGACAACUUGUGUUACACGCUAUGGGGAUUUUGAAUGGUUGGUAAUGCCAUUCGGUUUGACCAACGCUCCUGCAACCUUAUGCACUUUGAUGAACAAAUUAUUCCAUCCUUUCUUGGAUCAAUUCGUUGUAAUCUAUUUAGAUGAUAUUGUGGUUUACAGCAGCAAUAUGGAAGACCAUGCGGAGCACCUUCGCAAGGUAUUCAAGGUACUAAGGAAAAAUGAUAUGUGCGUGAAACGUGAGAAAUGCAGCUUCGCACAGCCCAUAGUACAGUUCCUCGGGCAUAUAAUCAGCCAUGGGGAAAUCCGGAUGGAUAGGGACAAGGUGGAAGCUAUCCAAGACUGGGAAGCUCCAACAAAGUUUCAACUACAUUUGAAAGACCGGUAA